UUAAGUCACAGACCUCAUCAAAAAGAAUGCUGCGGUAACAAACCUUUAGAAAUGAUAAAGCAGUGUAUGGUUUGAUAUGAACGUUAACUAAUUACAUUUGUUUUUUGAUAGCUGUAGUUGUUAUUACCUUAUAUGGCUUAGGAAAGGAAACACGGGGGAAAAAGGUUGGAAAGAUUUAAUACAAAAAUGUAUUUGUUUGAACUAGUUUGUACAUUCCUGCUGAUACUUUUUUCUGAGGCACAUAUGACAGAGCAGGGCGACGAGAAUUGCAUAAAGCAUUGUCCAACCGGAAUGAUUCCAGACUUUUGUACAAAGCAAGGUUCUGUAAAUAGCUGUCAAUGCGUCAGAGAUGACCGUGAAGGUAUGUUGCAUGGUUACUGGGAUGUUGACAAUAAAAGAAAUCGUUGUAUCCUUCGUUGUUACGAAGGGUACAUAGCAAGUGGAUGUAAUGUACAGCAAAAAUGGAUUGAGGGAAUGCCUACUUGUGUUAAAGAUGACUGGAGAAGAAAAUUGAAAGACUGGGGUAAAACCAGUUUGAAAGUAACGGCGGUGGCAGGAACAGGUGUCGCAGCUGGGGCCGGAGUGGUCGCUGCAACACCGGCUAUCCUCGGCUUACUAGGUUUUGGAUCGGCAGGAGUUGCUGCAGGAUCCACCGCAGCGUCUAUACAAACAGCAACAACAGCUUCAGGAAGUCUAUUUGCUUGGGCUCAAAGUGUGGGUGCUGUCGGAUAUGUCGGCACGGCGGGAUCGACGGUGAUUGGAGGGGGAACAGGUACAGUUGUCAGCGGGGCAACAAAAUACCUUGUAUCAGCAUUUACCGGCUGUGAGGCAGAAUAAUAAACAAUUACCUUGCAUACUUCAAAAUUUCUUUCACUCACAAUUAUUUUUUUCAGUACAUUUAUUUUAUGUCAGUUCAAUUCCUAAGAAACUCAAGGUUAUAAAGGGUAUAAAGUUCCUUUUGGUUACGUAAACAGCUAUAUUAUUUUACUGAAAUGUAAAACACAAUUAGAAAGAUCCAUAUUAUCCACCGAAAGACUAUCUGUGAUCAUGUUAUGUUAUGUAUGACGUCCGGUGAAUGUUUCCCUUUUUGCUGUGCAAUUCUGUAGAAAGAUGGUAUUUUAAUUUUCUUUUAUUUGGGAUAGGACACUUGCAGAUUUAACAACAUAAACUUGUUGCAAUAUAGUUAAAAGUAAUUUGUUUUGUUUUACAUUAAAGUAUUUGAGAUUGUAUUGAAUAAAUAUCUAUUGAAGAUCUAACAUAGAUAAUAUUGUUGGUAUAAUGAUAAAAUACUGAAGUAAUUAGUUAUUAUUUAAAGUUGAUAUUUUCUGAAUUUAGUGUAAAAAUAGAUGCACUUUCUUUUCAGUAGAAAAAUCUGAAUUAAAAAAAAAAUAAAUUUCUAAAUCAGCAACAUGUAAACAAAUAUCGCUUUCGAGCGACUUAGAAUGUUUACAUGUCUAACGUUCCAUGUUUUAGUUUUGCUGGUUUACUUUUCCAUUAGGAACGAACUUUCCUUAAAACUUUAUCUCAACAAUAAGUGUUAGACAAUAUGUUUUUUAUAUAUCUUAUUAUUGAUAUUUGAUCCACAUUUCACAUCACAUAACAUUUAAAUUUGUUAAGUCACUAUGGAUCUUCCAACUUUCCAUUCAAAAAGCCAAUGGAGUCAAUACUUUGAAGCUUUUAAUUUUGAUUCAGAUAUCAACAGGUCCCUUAUAAACUUGCCGAAUAAAUUACUUAAGGCAAAGGCACACGUUGUACGUGAACUAUUGUUAAAGGAUGCUUCUGCAGGACUAUAGUUUACAUUACUAUGUUAUUAUAUGUCUGUACAUUUUUAUGAUUAUGAUUAUUUCAAAAAGGAAAUCUUGGGCAUGUUCAUUAUUCUUUUUAAAUUAAUACACAUAAUUCAAAACAACUGUAUACUAUCCCAUUUCAGAUAUUGUAGAAAAAAGUGU